UCUAUUCUUCGGGUUAAAUAUCUUAUGCACUUCAAAAUACGAUAUUUUGAUAUUUCAAGUAGUUAGUACGAUUUCGAACCAACAAAAUGCCCCAAGUUGCUGCGCUGCCUAGUUUCGGAAUCGUAUGUUCGGCUGGCAAGCCCGGGCAAAAAGGAAAGAAAACAGCACCCGAAACGAAGCGGGGUGACGAUAGCAUGGGGUUUAGUGGUGGGAGAAAGGAGAUAUGGCGGUGCGUGGAAAACUGCGGGGCAUGCUGUAAGCUGGCCAAAGGACCUGCAUUCGCCACGCCUGAAGAAAUCUUCACCGACCCUACUGAUAUCGAGCUUUACAGAAACUUAAUAGGUCCCGACGGAUGGUGCAUCCACUACGAGAAAACCACGCGCACUUGCUCCGUUUACUCUGAUCGUCCAUAUUUUUGCCGGGUGGAACCUGAUGUAUUCAACAAGUUGUAUGGAAUUCAGAAUAGAAAGUUCAACAAGGAAGCUUGCAGUUGCUGUCGGGACACCAUCAAGGCAGUGUAUGGGCCGCAUUCCCAGGAAUUGUACCACUUCAACCGUUCCAUCAAGGAUUCCUCCUCAAAAUGAUAUCUACCGCAUAAUUUGGGUAUUCGAAUUAUUUGGGUUCA